AUGGUGGACGACCUGGGCAUUGGAGACCUGGGCUGCUUCGGCAACAAGACCCUCAGGACCCCUCACAUCGACAGCCUGGCCUCAGACGGCGCUCGGCUGACCCACCACAUCGCCGCUGCGCCCCUGUGUUCCCCGAGUAGAGCAGCCUUCCUCACGGGUCGACUCCCCGUACGCUCCGGCACCGCUGGGUCCGGUCAGUCCAUGGUGUUCCUCUUCAACGCUGCGUCUGGAGGACUGCCGCCGUCAGAGGUCACGUUUGCGUCAGUCCUACAGCAGCAGGGCUACAACACGGCACUCGUCGGAAAGUGGCACCUGGGCUUGAACUGCAUCUCUGCCUCAGACCGCUGCCAUCACCCAAACUCUCACGGCUUCCACUACUUCUUCGGGAUCCCGCUCACCAACCUGCGAGACUGCCAUCCCGGCCACGGCACGGUCUUCAGAUUCCACAAGUUUGUGCAACUAAAGACCUGGGCGCCAAUCCUGCUCAUCGCGUCCCUUGCCUUCUACUUCCGGCUGAUCCCGUUCCCGCGCCUGAUCCUGGUGCUAACGGCUGGUCCGCUGGUCUUUGGAGCGCUGGUCCUCUACGGCUGCUCCUUCCUGGUCCCAUACAUGAACUGUAUUCUGAUGAGGAACGCAGAGAUCAUGGAGCAGCCGUUCUCCACAGUGAACCUUACCCAGAGGAUGACGAGCGAGGCGGUGGGCUUCAUGGAGAGGAGCCGAGGGGGCCCCUUCCUCCUCUUCGUCACGUACCUGCAGGUCCACACCGCGCUGUUUGCUCACGACCACUUUAGAGGCUCCAGUCCUCACGGCAUCUACGGCGACGCGGUGCACGAGGUCGACUGGAGCGUCGGUCAGAUCCUGCGCUCCCUGGAUCAGCUGGGUCUCCGUGAUGACACCGUGGUCUAUCUGACCUCAGACCAGGGCGCUCAUCUGGAGGAAGUGACCUUCACCGGAGAGCGCCACGGGGGCUCCAACGGGAUCUACAGGGCUGGGAAGUCGACAAACUUUGAGGGUGGGAUUCGGGUGCCAGGUCUGGUCCGCUGGCCUGGUACAGUCUCCCCUGGGCUUGUGAUUGACGCUCCAACCAGCCUGAUGGACCUGUUCCCUACAGUGCUGCAGCUGAGCGGAGGCCGGCUGCCACAUGACCGAGUGAUCGAUGGGCGCUCUCUGUUGGACCUGCUCACGGCUAAAUCUCAGCGCUCAGAACACGAGUUCAUGUUUCACUACUGCACCGACGUCAUCCAGGCAGUGCGCUGGAUCCCCACCGACAGCUCGUCUGUUUGGAAGCUCUUCUACUUCACACCCAUCUUCGACAAUGAGCACUCGUCCACCUGCUUCCACUCUCACGUCUGCUUCUGCCACGAGGCCGCGGUCAAACGCCACAAUCCACCUCUGCUCUUCGACCUGAGCCGAGACCCCACAGAGUCACAGUCCCUGACCCCGGACUCGGAGCCAGAGUUCUGGUCAAUUGUCGACCGCAUGACGAGUGCCGUGUGGCAUCACCAGGCCACGCUGGAGGCCACGCCCAACCAGAUGGCCAUGGAGAACAUGAUCCCCAGGCUCUCGCUCCAGCCAUGCUGCUCCACCUUCACAGAGCUCUGCCGCUGCAAGAGGAACGCCAGCAAAGUCCAGGCCACGGAGUCAAACUGGGAGCUUUGA